AUGGACAAGACUGAUGAUGAGAUAUCGAGCGCGCCCGGCGUCCCCAUCACACCGGUGCACACCGCCGGCUCAGACGCGGACAAGGUCAAAGGAGAGAUGACCGAGGUGCAGGGUGACUCUCACUUCCAUGAGACCGUCACUGCUGCUCCGCUGGACGCAUUCUCGCGAACUUCUCUUCAGCUCUAUGCCAUUCUGUUGGUGGCUGCCCUGAACGCAACGGCGAGUGGCUUCGAUGGCUCCAUAUUCAGCUCGAUCAAUGCCAUGUCGCAGUACAAGGCUUACUUCCACCACCAGGAGCUUGGAAGCUCAACAGGCAUCAUCUUCAUGAUCUAUACGAUCGGCAACAUGGUCGGCUCACUGUUCAACGGACCCAUAUGCGACAACUUCGGCAGACGCGCCGGAAUGGCUACAGCUUCGGUAUUGAUCAUGGCCGGUGCCGCUAUUCUUACGGCUGCCCGAAACGACAGUUUCCUGCUUGGUGGACGAUUCUGGCUUGGGUUUGGUGUUUCUAUUGGAACCAGUUCGGCACCAACCUACGCGCUCGAGAUGGCGCCUCCUCAAUGGCGUGCCCGCGUGGUCGGCUACUACAACACCUUCUUCUACACCGGCUCCAUCUUGUCUACCGGCGUGGCGUACGCCUCCAACAAGUCCAACUCCGAGCUGGCAUUCCGCUUGCCGCUGAGUCUACAACUCUUGCCUCCUGUGUUCAUCUUUGUCGGCGCCUUGCUCAUCCCAGAGUCUCCCCGAUGGCUUUGCGCACGAGGGAGGCGCGAUGAGGCUGCAGCUAUUCUGGCAAAGUAUCACGGCGGGGGAGAUAUGGGCCACCCAAUGGUGCAACUAGAACUCAAGGAGUUCGAGGAGGGCAUCAAGGUCCAGAAAGCCCAGUCCUGGUGGAACUACUACGACCUUGUCGAGAACCACAACGCGCGGUGGCGUUUCCUGAUGAACGCCUUCAUGUCGUUUUUCGCCCAGAUGGCCGGUAACUCGGUACUUACUUACUACCUGCCUUCCAUGUACACCCGGAUUGGCAUCACUUCGACAGAGCGACGACUCUUGUUGACAUUCGCCAAUUCUAUCGUGUCUUGCGCCGGCGCCUUGGCGGGUUCUGCUACGAACGACAAGAUCGGUCGCAGAACCAAACUCUGGGUUGGGUCCAUCGUCCUGGCCUGUCUUUUCGCCGCCGUGACCGGAUUCUCGAGUCAAUUCGGCGAUGGCAAAGCUCCCAGUGCUAGGCUGUCCGACGCUGGUGUUGCCAUGAUCUUCCUCUUCGGGGUUGCGUACUCAUUCGUGUAUACGCCUCUGACUGCGACGUACUGCGCCGAGGUGCAGAACAAUCACACGAGGGCCAAAGGCAUGGGAGUGCAUGUGAUCAUGUCCAACUGUGCGAACUUGUACAACACCUACGUCACGGCCAUCGCGCUGGAAGCGGUGGGCUGGAAGUAUUACUUUGUGUUUGUUGGUCUCAAUCUGGUCUACGCCAUCGUCUGGUUCUUUCUGGGGGUUGAGACGCACGGACGGACACUCGAAGAACUCAACGCAGUGUUUGACUCCAAGUGGCCACCCAAAGCAGCUCUGGCCAAGACGAUCAUGGUCAAGCGCGAAGAUGGUCAGCUUCAUAGUCUGGACGAAGCGACUGGCGAUAGGCGGCGCGACGAGGUGUAG